AUGAUGUAUGUCUAUAUUUUUUUUUUCCUAUUCGUAGUCAUAGUGUCAUGAUCUUGAGGGGCAAAGUUUAUUGUCCACCUUUAAUUAGAUGAUAGAUCAGAUGUUUCAAGGUGAUCUCUAUGGAUUAAUUGUAUUUGUACUUGUUUUUAUGAAGUAAAUUCAUCUACCUCUUUUCUGUAGACUAAAGUUAAUUCUUUACACUAUUGUUUUUGGUUUGCUUGUUAAAAGAUGAUUAUAAAUAUAUUGGAUGUAUUGCAAUAGCAACUGAUUAUGGUAUCCAAUUAAAAUAUAUAACAGAAAAAAAAAAGAAUCUUUGAGCCAGCUUCGGAACUUCCAUCAAAUGCCCCCUAAAAAUGUUUUGAUUUUCUUGCCUACUUGUAGUCAAAUUCCUUUUUAAUCCUGCUGAGUAGUCAAGUGAUCAAGAAUCAGAAGGUGUAUCUCUUGUGUUUUGGAUGCUGUAAAUCCUUCAAGUGGAUAAAAUGAAGCUUUGAACCUCAAUUUGACCUUGUAUCUACUGAGUAUUCUCAAUAUCAAAAUAUUCGAAUCUUAUAAAAGUAUUUAGUGAUUAACAGUCAUGUCCUCAAAUUUGCUUCUAGCCUCUAGAGGCUAGGAGACGUUUUUCCACAAACCUUUCUCCUCCUUCCCUUUCCCCACAGAUGGUUAACUCUCACAUACACAUUUUGCUCCCAAAUACAUAGCCAUACAGGUCUCUAGAAUGGAUACAUUUUAAAUGGGAUGCCUUGGAAGGGCUUUCUUCUAAACGAAAAGUAAGUAUAUCUAGUUAGAAGCUUUCAUCAAUAACUGCAAUCCAUUUCCUUAGCAAGAAUUAUGACCAUGUGAUCGUGCCAUUCAAGUUCAGUGUAUAGUCAUUUUACCAUUUACAGUCCAUAAAAAUGAUGCAUGUAUUGACUAUUGGGUUUCUUUCCUAAAUAUUCAUGGAAAGAUUUUCUUCUAUAUGGGUCAUUAAAAUGCUUUUCAGUUAAAGAUUUUCUGAAGGACCUGAUAUGUUGGUUUACAUUCUUAACUGAUCAAAUUCUGGAACAAACCAUGCCAAUUUUCACUCUACUUGGCAAAAUUUACUCGCAGCACAGACAAAAUGAGCGAGGCUGCUAUCUUAGAAGUUGUUAGAAGGAAUUUUGGAGAUCACCUCAUUCUUGGGGAGGAGGGAGGAAUCAUAGGAGAUACAUUAUCUGAUUAUCUAUGGUGCAUUGAUCCUCUAGAUGGAACAACAAAUUUUGCUCAUGGUUAUCCUAGCUUUGCGGUUUCUGUGGGAGUUCUUUUUCAAGGAAAUCCUGCGGCUGCUUCGGUGGUGGAGUUUGUUGGUGGUCCUAUGGCUUGGAACACGCACAUUUUCUGCAACUGCCGGUGGAGGAGCAUUUUGUAAUGGCCAAAAAAUUCACGCAAGUCCAACUGCUCAGGUAAGUGAUCAUGUUGAGCAGUCUCUUCUUGUGACUGGUUUUGGAUAUGAACAUGAUGAUCCAUGGCCCACUAACAUUGAACUAUUCAAGGAGUUUACUGAUGUCAGCAGGGGUGUUCGAAGGCUUGGUGCUGCUGCUGUUGACAUGUGUCAUGUGGCUCUUGGGAUUGUAGAAGCAUAUUGGGAAUAUCGUCUUAAGCCAUGGGAUAUGGCUGCUGGUGUUCUGAUAGUUGAAGAGGCUGGGGGGACAGUAUCUCGCAUGGAUGGUGGAAAGUUUUGUGUAUUUGAUAGAUCUGUUUUGGUGUCUGAUGGUGUGUUGCAUGCCAAGGUUAGACUUCACUUGUUUUCUGUGAAAAAAUCAAACACCUUUUUGUUCUUUCUCUGUUUUCCCCACUCUUUAAUUGCAGACAUAAGACAACUGGCAUGGAAAAUUUCACCAAUGGCAUUAACUAUAAACAUAGCUUCUAAUGUCACAUUUAUGAAUAGCUAAUUGCUGGGCCCUGUUGUUGUAAUUGGAAAAUAUCUAGUACCCAUUUAUGAGGGAGCUUGUUCUUCCUACCAUCAGAAAAGAUGAGAAGGAAAUUGCUAGAGCAAGUUGGUUUUGUUGAAAGGAAAACAUUGUUCCGAAUCCCCUGAUGGAUGGGAGUCAAAAUCCACUUCACUGUAAAUUAUGCUAUGUGAACCUUGACUCUUUGGGUUGUUUCAUGAUUUCACAUUGUGUGCCUAAUUCUUUAGUGUGCUUUGUGAUCUUGUUUGAACCAGAUGAUAGAUUUGAUAGUCUUUAUAAUGCAGCUUUUGGAGAGGAUUGCACCUGCCACUGAGAAACUGAAAAGCAAAUGAAUUGAUUUCUCAUUGUGGUAUAAGCCAGAAAAUUACCGCACUGAUCUUUGAAUUGACCUAGCAUUUAUUCUCAUUUGGAGCUUUGCUGCAGCAAGCAGGUGUUGCAUAUCGUGCCCUAACUUGUUUUUUUAUUUUUUGAAUUUAUCUUAUAAUAUAGGCUUCAAUCCUCAUUUAUAAGAUUGUUUUGCUCUUUUAAUUGUACCAGCUCCUUUUCAUGUUACCUGAUCAGUGACAUGGAUUCUUCCUUAUCACCAUUUUCAUUCUUCAAAAAUAAAAAAAGAAUUAGUUUUAUGCAA